GGUGCAGGUCUGAGAACCCAUGUCCUGGAUAAUCAAUGCCUUGACUCACACUUCUGUACCUGUUGUUGAUUUUUUUACCUUAAAUCCAUUCCUGUGUUGUUACCGCAUCCGCAUACCACUACCCAAUAUAGGUUUGGAAAUAAGUUGGAAAACAAACCUUAAUUUCUCAUUAUUAAAUAUUUGUAUAUUAGUUAUUUGAAAACUGGCACUAGGAGUUGUAGGAGGCAUUGUUGUUAUCAAUGUGGAACCAAGCAGCCAUUGGCCAUUUCUUCUUAGUUCUUUCUGGGAAAUUUCAGCAAUUUUGGUUGUCAGUUUCUCUUGAGAUUGCAUUACGAAGAAGCUGAACGUCUUGGCAGAAUGCUACUUUUUUCACUACAUUUUCUACCUUGCUACCAGAGAGUCUUGAGUCUGUCAUAAGUCAUGACUUGUUGCUUCUGACCUUGUUUUGAUCCAGUUAUGGUGCAAAUACAGAGACUAUUGGACUUCUAACCACAAUGUGUUUUCCAUUAACUUUGUACCAGUUCAGGAACCCGUAAUUCACAAUGCGGUCUCCCUGUGGUGCGGUUUCUGCUCCCAUAUCCGUAUGACCAGUUGGGUAUGACCAGUUGGAUAGAACUCAGGUUUGCUAUAUUUUCUUGCAAAAGAAACUGUCUUUGUACUGCAGUUUUUGUAUCUGUUGAAGCCUUAUUAAGGUCAUGUUUGGUUGGUGGUAAUGGUUAUUACUUGGUCAAACUAUAAAAACAAGAUAAAUUUAAUAAAUUUCUUCUGGAAGUUAGGAAUAGCUAAGCCUUAAUAUUGAUAAUUUUUUUACUAAAGUAAGGGAUGAAUGAGGAAUAUUCAUUCCUUCCAUUUUUCAAGGAAUAAGUAUUCCUUAAUUCUUUUCUAAAUUAAAGAUAAAUUAGAUAUUAAGGCUGAAUUAUUCCUAACUUCUUAAUGAAACUUUAUUCCUUUUAGCUUGUUUUUAUAGUUUGACAAAAGAAUAGUCAUUAACACCAACCAAACAAGCCAUGAGAGCUGCAUACAUAAAACAUAUUUGCUAAA